AUGAGUUCUUCUGUGUCAUUCUCAAGUAGCUAUAGAGGAAUGGCUUCAUCAGCACAGACACCAGCUCUUGACAAGCCUAACCCUGCCGAAGAUUGGACUGUUGUAUUGCCUCGUCGUGGAAAACAGAAAAGAAAUUUUCAUAAAGUUAUCAUUCACGAACGACAAAAACAAGAACAACUGUGGACUCCAGCAGAUAUUGAGACCAAUCCAGAGAGAGAAUCUAAAUUGAUGCAGAAAAUACAAACCUGCAUUAGGAAACUCGAGAGCUCUUCCUUCUGGUUGAAAUUUUUGGAUCAGUUACAAACCCCUGAAAUAUUUGAUAGGUUUCUAAAAGCUGUGGGCUCAGAAGGAAAGAUGCAGAUGGUAAUAUAUGGAAUUGGUAGCAUAGAAUCGUAUGAGCCUCCUAGAUUACAGCUUAGUCUUGCAAUCUUAAUGAAAAGAAUGUUUAGUUGGAUUGGGGAGGUAGAGGUAUUUGAUCCAGUGAUCUCUCUGGCAGAAUCUAGGGUGCUGACAGCUCUCGGUUGUUCUGUCCUAACAGUCAAUGAACAGGGUCGACGGCAAGCUUUAAGACCUACGAUGUUCUUCAUGCCACAUUGUGAUGCUGAACUAUAUGAGAAUCUUCUAGAGGCAAAUUGGAGGCAUGAUCUAUUGAGUAAUAUGACACUGUUUGGAAACAGUUUUGAGGCGUAUGAGCAACACGUGUCAGAGUGCAAAAUCCUUAAACUUGCUGAUUCUAGGAAGCAUAUCCUAGCAAUCAGGCAGUUUGUAAAAGAGCUUCCCAUUGAUUCUAGGAAGCAAAUUGUAGCAAUCAGGCAGUUUGUAAAAGAGCGUUCCAUUGAUCCUUUUUCAGAUGAUUUAUUUCGUUCCUUCCAUGGUUCAAGUUGGCAUUUUUUCGACAUUGAUUCUCAUUCAAAUUUAUGUGAUGCUAAACCAUGAACUCUUGUUUUCUGGAUUGUACUCUUCAUUGGAACUGAAUAUCAAAUUUUUAUUAUGAUAUAGGAAAAUGUUCUUUCUUUA